AGCUUAUAUCUAUAGAUGGACAAAGGCUUUAAACUCCUUUUAAAUAGCUUGAACAAAAAGCAAAGCAAUUCUCUUUUUUUUCUGUCUGCAUAUUAGAAGAAAACCACAAACAGACAUUUCUUCUUCUUCUCUGUUUUCCAGCUUUUGUCUUUGGAGUUUGGUUUCUGGAGAAGACAAAAGUUUCACACUUUUUAAGAGUUCGAGACCCAUUAUCCAUAAGUACUCUAUAAGUGGAGAUCAUUCAUAAAUAAUUUAAGAAGUCUUCUCGAGUCUUGUGAGCCUUGGAUUCUUGAUUUGGUGAUGAUGGAUAUGGAGGUUAAGCAGAUAUUGAAGAGUCUAUGUUUCAGAUAUGGAUGGUCUUAUGCUGUCUAUUGGUGCUAUGACCCCAUAAAUCCAAUGUUACUGAGAGUUGAAGAUGCACACAAUGAUGAACAAUCAUCAGCCUCAUUCGUUGAUGAUAUGAUUCUCCAGACUCAUGUCUUAGGCCAAAGCAUCGUGGGUGAAGCUGCUUUAACCGGUAACUACCAAUGGCUGUUCUCAGACACACUUGUUCAGUGUGAGCAUGAGUUUCAGAAUCAGUUUCUCUCUGGCUUUAAGAGUGUCGCAAUCAUUCCAAUAGGAUCAAGCGGCGUUGUUCAGUUAGGGUCUACUCAAAAGAUUGUUGAGAGCCCAGAGAUGUUGGAAGAAACAGAAAGAGCUCUGCUGGAGAAGCAUUCUUCGAAACUCAAGGAUCAGUCCGUGGAUCUUGAUAGUUUGUUCGAGUCUCUAGUACCACUUGUAGACUGUGAGAUUGUCCCUGAAUCUUAUCAAGGACUCAGCUUCGAUGACAUCUUCACCGAAGAAGACACUAAUCCUCCUUCUUUGCUCAGCAGCCCUAUCUUCGAUAAACCAACCUCUGAAGCCCCCCUAAAACCUUCUUCUUCAGACAUUAACGGAGAUGAUGAUACCGUGUUCGACAUUCUCAACUCUUACUCUUUGGACGAUCUUUACCAGUUGCUCGGUGAUUCACCAGAAGAACAGAACUGCUCAUCAGGAGGUGAUCAUCACUCCAUGUUGAUCCAAGGAAACGACAAGGAUCUUUUAGACAUGUUGGGGAUCCAUUCCCAUGAUUCUCCGUCUCUGGAUAUGCCGAAAAAGGGACUAUUCUCUGAGCUCAUAAGCACUAGCCUUAGCAACAGCACUAGUUGUCUCACGAAUGUGCAAGAAGACUCUUACUCCGGCCUGAAUCAUAGCAAAAGACGGAAACUCGAAACAUCGACUAGCUCAAGCUUCUUCAUGACUCAGGCGGAGACACUAGCACCUCUUAAUCCUCCCCUGUGGAUUGAUGAAGACGUUGCGGGGAAAUGGAAGAACCAUCAAGAAGAAGAAGGAGUGAAGAAGAAAAAAAGAGCAAAGGGAGGAGAAAGCACGAAGCCGAGGCCUAAAGACAGGCAGAUGAUACAAGACCGUAUCAAGGAGCUACGAGGGAUGAUUCCAAAUGGAGCAAAGUGUAGCAUUGAUACGCUGCUUGAUUUGACGAUAAAACACAUGGUCUUCAUGCAAAGCAUCGCCAAGUACGCUGACAAACUCAAACAACCAUACGAGCCUAAGCUGGUGAAGGAGAAGGAGAGAACAUGGGCGUUGGAAGUUGGGGAUGAUGAUGAGUCGGUGGUAUGUCCAAUCAUCGUGGAGGAUUUGAAACCGCAAGGACAAAUGCAGAUAGAGAUGGUGUGCCAGGAAAAUGGGGAUGAGUUUCUUGAGAUUGCAAAUGUGGUGAGAGGUCUAGGAUUGAACAUACUGAAAGGAGUGAUGGAAACAAGGCAUGGAAAGAUAUGGGCACACUUGAUCGUUGAGGCAAAGCCACACAUCACAAGGCUUCAACUCUUUUACUCACUUGUGCACCUCGUUCACUCCUCUUCUUCCCAAUCCCACCACCAAAUAUGACGACUUAUAAUAGGACUCACUUACUAUUCAUUAUGUAUGCUUUGGUUAAUUUCUUACAUCUGAUUUUUAUGAUUGGUGGAUGGCAAAGAAAGAUGUUGAUAGUUUA